AUGGUUCCCGGAAACUCAACCAACCGCGCUUGGUGGAAAGAAAGCUCGGUGUACCAAAUCUGGCCGGCAUCCUACAAGGACUCAAACAACGAUGGCGUUGGCGACAUCCCUGGUAUCAUUUCCAAGCUGGAUUAUAUCAAGAAUCUAGCCGUAGAUAUCGUCUGGUUGUGUCCUUCUUACAAAUCGCCCCAGGUGGACAUGGGAUAUGACAUUUCCGACUAUUACAGCAUCGCUGACGAAUAUGGCACUGUUGAGGAUGUCGAGAAAUUGAUCCAGGGGUGUCACCAGCGGGGUAUGAAGCUGCUCAUGGAUUUGGUGGUUAACCACACCAGCGAUCAGCACGAAUGGUUCAAAAAAUCCCGUAGCUCCAAAGACAAUGAGUACCGGAACUGGUAUGUUUGGAAACCGGCCAAAUAUGAUGAGGAGGGAAACCGCCAGCCGCCUAAUAACUGGGUCUCACAUUUCCAAGGUACCGUCUGGGAGUGGGAUGAGCACACUCAGGAAUACUACCUCCAUCUAUACGCAGUGGAACAGCCCGAUCUGAACUGGGAGCACCCGCCAGUCCGCCAGGCGGUGCAUGAUAUCAUGCGCUUCUGGUUGGACAAGGGCUGCGACGGGUUCCGAAUGGACGUGAUCAACUUCAUCAGUAAGGAGCAGAGUUUCCCCGAUGCACCUAUCAAAGAUUCCCGCACACCCUGGCAGUGGGGAGACAAGUGGUAUGCCAACGGCCCACGCCUGCACGAGUACCUACAGGGACUUGGUAAGAUCCUCAAAGGGUACGAUGCAUUCAGUGUUGGCGAGAUGCCAUUCGUCAUAGACGAGAAGGAAGUACUCCGGGCAGUCCAAUUCUACCGCAACGAGAUCAACAUGAUCUUCAACUUUGAACAUGUCGACAUUGACCAUGGCAAACUCGACAAGUUCGAGCCGGGUAGUUGGAAACUUACGGAUUUGAAGGACUUCUUCGAGCGCUGGCAGACUUUCAUGUAUGACAAUGGCGGCUGGAAUGCGCUGUAUUGGGAGAACCAUGACCAGCCUCGAUCUAUUGAUCGCUAUACCAAUGCCACAGAAGAACACCGACUAGUUGCGUCGAAGAUGCUGGCUACUGCCCUGGUAUUGCAGGCUGGUACGCCAUUUAUAUACCAAGGACAGGAAAUUGGUACAAGAAAUGUGCCAAAGGAAUGGGGUAUUGAAGAGUAUAAGGACAUUGACUGUCUAAACCAUUGGAACAGACUCCCCAAAUCCGACCCCAAGGCCCUCGAAAUUGCACUACAAGAAUACCAAAAGAAAUCCCGCGACAACGGCCGAACACCAGUUCAAUGGUCCGCAGCCGAGAACGCGGGAUUCACUGGACCAGGCGUGAAACCCUGGAUGUCCGUAAACACAGACUAUCCACGCAUCAACGCUGAAGCCCAAGUCAAGGAUCCAAACUCGACAUACCACUACUGGGCCACCGUGCUGAAGUUGCGCAAGGAGUACCUGGAUAUCUUUGUCUAUGGUGACUUUACACAUUUGGAUAAAUUGAGUCAAGAGUUCUUCGCGUACACGCGCCAGUAUAACGACCAGAGGGUUUUGGUUCUGUGUCACUGGACUGAGAAGACAUUGGAGUGGGAUGCUGCUGGCAAUGGAAUAAGUAGUGUGAAGAAAGUUCUACUUGAUACCUAUGAGAGUGCGGAUGCUGUUUCUCAGCGCUUCACUGGUGGGAAGUGGGAGCUUCGGCCUUAUGAGGCUGUUGUUUUGCUGCUGUGA